AUGACGGAAGCCCAUCUGUUCCCGGGUACCCUCCCGGACUGGAGCAACCUCAACGUCAUCCACCGCAACACGCUCUACCCCAGAAGCCAUUUCUACUUGUACAGCAAAGAAGAGGACGCCUUGACCCGAGACCUGAGCAAGGCAAAAGUCCAAUGCCUCUCCGGUACCUGGAAAUUUGCCGUUGCCAAGUCCCCCUUUGAGGGACCCCGCAACUUUUAUCAGAAGCACUUUGACACGUAUGGCUUCUCCGACAUCACUGUCCCAAGCCACUGGCAGCUCCAGGGUUAUGGAAAGGGUCCUCACUACACCAAUUUCGACUAUCCCUGGCCCUGUGAUCCUCCCAAUGUCCCCUACCAAGACAAUGAAUGCGGCCGCUACGUGACACGCUUCCACGUGGGAGACCACUUUGACCAACACCAACUGCGUCUUCGCUUUGAAGGUGUUGACUCUGCCUUCACCGUCUGGGUCAAUGGCGAGGAAGUCGGCUACUCCCAGGGUGCACGAAACCCGAGCGAGUUUGAUGUGACCAAGCUCAUUGAGACGGGCCGCGAAAAUGUACUUGCUGUGGAGGUGUACCAGCGCAGUGAUGGUAGUUACCUCGAGGACCAGGACGAGUGGUGGCUGAGCGGCAUCUUCCGCGACGUUUACCUUCAUGCGUUUCCCAAGGUCCAUCCAACCGACAUCUUUGUCACGACUGACUUGGAUGACAAGUUCAAGGAUGCCACACUCAACGUCAAGGUGGAUACAAGCGCAUCCUCGCGCGUCGAGCUGAAGCUUCUCGACCAUACAGGGCAUUGCGUCGUGUCCGAGUCUAAGCUCGUCGACACUUCUGGAAAGUUCUCCCUAGCUGUCAAAGAUCCUCAGAAAUGGACGGCUGAGACUCCAUAUCUGUACACCGUCGUUCUCAACUUCCUCGACGGACAAGGCUGCACCCUGGCCCAGAGAGUCGGGUUCAGAGUCGCUGGCUUGAUUGAUGGUAUCUUCUGUGUCAACGGCAAGCCGGUCAAGUUUCGCGGCACGAACAGGCAUGAGCACCACCCCGACCAUGGUCGGGCUGUCCCCUACGAAUUCAUGCGGCAUGAUUUGCUCACCAUGAAGCGCCACAAUCUCAAUGCCAUUCGUACCUCCCAUCAGAUUAACGACCCUAGACUCUACGACGUCGCUGAUGAGCUUGGUCUCUGGAUUCUCAAUGAAGCAGAUCUGGAAUGCCAUGGCAUGUUCCGGCUCAAAGACAAUCUCCUGUCUGACAGCCCAGAAUGGACCGAAGCCUACGUCGAUCGCGCAAGACAAAUGGUGUGUCGAGACAAGAACCACCCAUCCAUCCUCAUUUGGUCCUUGGGCAAUGAGGCUUUCUAUGGAAGGAACCAGCAAGCCAUGUACGACUAUAUCAAGAGCGUCGACAAGACGCGUCUCGUCCACUACGAAGGUGACCAACAAGCCAAAACGGUCGACAUCUUUAGCCGCAUGUACUCCGGAGUCGAUUGGAUUGAAGAAUUUGCCAAGGAGCGGGAUUGGGUCAAGCCCCUUGUCAUUUGCGAGUUCUUGCAUGCCAUGGGCAACUCUUGCGGCAACGCCAAAGAGUAUGUUGAUGCAUUUUACAAGCACCCUCGCGUCAUGGGUGGCUUUGUGUGGGAAUGGAGCAACCACGGCCUACGCACAAGAAGCAAGGAUGGGGAAGAGUACAUGGCUUAUGGAGGUGACUUUGGGGACCAGCCAAACGACAAGAACUUUGUCAUGGACGGCAUGAUGUGGUCAGACCACGUCCGGGGCCCGAAUUUGAUUGAGUAUGCGAAAGCCAUUGAGCCGGUGCAGGCCGUUUCGUUGGAAGGCAAUGUCCUCACUAUUAUCAAUCGAUACGACUUCAUUGGCCUAGAGCAUAUCGAGGCGAGUUGGGAAAUGAGAGUCGAUGGAAUGAGGAGCCUCGCGAGCGGCAACGUUGCUAUUCCGACCAGCGUCAAACCUCAUGGUCAAGCCGCCAUCACUCUGGAGGGCUACAACACCGAGGCCGUCAAGAAGCUAGGUGUCGAGUCGUACGUCUUCGUCGCGUUCAAACUUCGGGACGACACGAGCUGGGCAAAGGCAGGGCAUCAAGUAGCAUUUGGAGAGUUUCAAAUCGCGAAGCCGGCGAGUCUUUCGGAGUCACUUCCGAUGCAGCUCAGUUCGGCUAAAACGCAUGUUCUAAAGACAUCGGAUACAAGGCUCCAAAUCACCUCGGCAAGCGGUGCUACCAAAUGGGGGUUCGACCUCGUGCACGGUACCCUCAACGGUUGGAACAGAUCAAGCCAGCCAGGCUUGAAUCUGCUUUCAGAGGGGUUCACCAUGGACUUUUACCGUGCUCAGACAGACAACGACAGCCAUGGUCAUGGCAGGAGAUGGGGGGAUAGUCGUCUUCACCAGACGACGAUGAACGUGCGGCAGGCCAAGUGGAUGCCCGUCUCUGGCGGAACUCAAGUUCAGGUGACUGCCCGGAUUGCACCGCCGGUGCUCGCCUGGGCCGUCGACACCGUCUUCACGUACACGUUCCGGGGCGACGCCGUCCUCUUGCACGUACACGGCAAGGCGCACGGCAACGACCUGCCCGACACGUUUGCCCGCUACGGCAUUUCGGCCGGAGUGCAGGGCGUUACGCGGGUGAAGUGGUGGGGGCGCGGCCCCGGCGAGUCGUACCGCGACAAGAAGCUGUCGCAGUCUGUCGGCAACUGGUCGUCGAGCGUCGACGACCUGUUCGUCGACUACGAGUACCCGCAGGACGGCGGCAACCGCACCGACGUGCGGCAGGUGGCGCUGCACGGCGACAACGGGCGGAUUCUCCGGGCCAGCUUCGGCGCGCAGGACGGCGCGAGCUUCAACGCGCUGCGCUACGCGACGGCCGACGUCGACGCCGCGCAGCACCCGUACGAGCUGCGCCGCAAGAAGAGGCGCGACUGCGUGGUCAGGCUGGACUGGCUGCACCACGGCCUUGGCGGCGCGUCCUGCGGUCCAUGGACGCUGCCCAAGUACUGCUUGUACACGAACCGCGAGUUUGACUUUGAGGUCUUGCUGGACUAG